GUUACAAAUCGGUAUUUUAUUAAAUUAUUAAAUAAUAUAACAUUAUUAUCUAUACCAUAACAACACUAUUAUAUAUACCAUAACACUAUUAAUAAUGGAAGCGCAUAACACUAUUACAUAUCCUGUCUGUCUGUAUGUUUUUUUACAAAAAACUCUCAAAAACUACAUAUAUUGUUAGCAGGUGAACUUAUUAAUGAACUUACGACACUAUACUGGGCUAUACAACACUAUACAAUUUUAUAAAAGACUAGUGAUACAACACUAUAUAAUGCUAUACGAGACUAUAUGACACUAUACAGCGUUAUACAAGACUAUACGAGUAUACAACCCUAGCUUACAACACUACACAAUAUACAAGCCUAUACGACACUAUACAACACUAUAUAACGUUAUACAAUUAAGACUAUAUAACAAUAUAUAAAGGCUGUACGACACUAUACAACAGCAUGCAACAACGUUAUACAUGACUAUCCAACAGUAUAUAAGGUUAUACGACAGUAUACAAAGUUAUACAAGACUAUAAGAAUUAUGACACUAUACUACACUACACUACACUAUACAACACUAUACAUGGCACUAUAAUACACUAAAGAAGACUGUACAACACUACACAACGUUAUGCAACACUAUAUGUCACUAUAUAAGGCUAUACGAUACUAUACAAUGUUAAUUAUACAAGACUAUACGACAUUAUAUAACACUAUACAGCAAUAUACGACACUAUACGAUAAUACAUAAGACUAUACGAUACUAUACAACACUAUACAACGUUGUACAAAACUAUGUAAUACUAUAUAAUUCUAUAACACUCUAUACGACACUAUACAGCGUUAUACAAGACUAUGGGACAUGCACUAUACAAGAGUAUUCAACACCAUACGACACUACACAAUAAUAUACAAGGCUUUACGACACUAUACAACACUAUUAUAAUGUUAUUCAAGACUCUACAUAAGAGUAUAUAAAGGCUAUACAACACUAGUAUACUACACUGUACAACACAAUACCAUGUUAUACAAGACUAUAAAAUUUUUGACACUAUACAAGAUUAUACAUGACACCAUACUACACUGUAUAAGACUAUACAACACUGCACAACCUAAGGCAACACUAUACGACACUAUAUAAGGCUAUACAAUACUACACAAUGUUAAAUAUACAAAUCUAUUACGACAUUAUACAAGACUAUACAGCACUAUACAGCAAUAUAUAAGUCUAUACGACACUAUACAACACAUACAACACCAUAUAAGCCUAUGCAACACUAUACUACGCUCUGCUACGUUAUACAAGACUAUACAACAAUAUAUAAAUUUACAAUGUUAUACAAGGCUAUACAACAGUAUAUAAAGCUAUAUGACACUAAACGACACUAUGCAACAUUAUACAACAGUAUACAAGUCUACACAACGCUAUAUAAGGCUAUACGGCACUAUACGGCACCAUACGACACUAUAAACCAGGUAUAGUGAUAUACAACUAUAAAGGUUAGGGUUAAACGCCAAAAAAGGGGGUUUGGCUAAAACAUUUCGAUGUCAUCAGUUUCCGAGUUAGAAUUUUACGCUGAAUCCAAAGGUAGUACUUUCGUUCCCAGACUCCUCUUCGUUCCGGAGAUAUCACGGCCUGAAAAUUUAGCGAAAAAGGGGUGUGGCCAAAAAAUAUCGAUGAAGUCAUUUUGUGAAUCAUAAUUUUACGCUGAAUCCAAUGGUGCUACUCUCGUUCCCAGUCUCCUCGUUGUUCCGGAGUUAUUGCGGCCUGAAAACGUAGCGAAAAAGGGGUGUGGCAAAAAAUAUCGAUGACGUCAUUUUGUGAAUCAAAAUUUUAGCUGAAUCAAUGGUGGUACUCUAGUUGCCAGGCUCCUCUUUUUUCCGGAUAUAGUGUGGCCUGAAAAUUUAGCGAAAAAGGGGUGUGGCCAAAAAAUAUCGAUGACGUCAUUUUCUCAAUUACAAUUUUUCGCUGAAUCCAAUGGGGGUACUCUUUUUCCCUGGCUCCUCUUUGUUCUGGAGAUAUCGUGGCUUCAAUAUUUAGCGAAAAACGGGUGUGGCCAAAAAAUAUCGAUGACGUCAUUUUCUGAAUCAGAAAUUUUUGCUGAAUCCAAUAGUGGUACUGUCAUUCCCAGGCCGCUCUUCGUUCCGGAGGCAUUGCAGCCUGAAAAUUUAGCGAAGAAGGGGUGUGGCCAAAAAUAUCGAUGACCUCAUUUUCUGAAUCAGAAUUUUACGCUGAAUCCAAUGCUUGUACUAUAGUUCCAAGGCUUCUCUUUGUUCCGGAGAUAUCGCGGCCUGAAAAUUUAGCGAAAAAGGGAUGUGCCCAAAAGAUAUCGAUGACGUUAUUUUGUGAAUCAAAAUUUUAGCUGAAUCCAAUGGUGGUACUCCAGUUGCCAGGAUCCUCUUUGUUCCGGAUAUAGCGCGGCCUGAAAAUUUAGCCAAAAAGGGAUGUGACCAAAAAAUAGUGAUGACGUCAUUUUCUCAAUUAGAAUUUUUCGCUGAAUCCAAUGGUGGUACUCUUUUUCCCAGGCUCCUCUUUAUUCUGGAGAUAUCGCGGCCUGAAAAUUAAGCGAAAAAGGGGUUUGGCCAAAAAAUAUCGAUGAAGUCAUUUUGUGUAUUAUAAUUUUACGCUCAAUCCAAUGGUGGUACUCUUUUUCCCAGGCUCCUCUUUAUUCUGGAGAUAUCGCGGCCUGAAAAUUUAGCGAAAAAGGGAUGUGGCCAAAAAAUAUCGAUGACGUGAUUUUCUCAAUUCGAAUUUUUCGCUGAAUCCAAUGGUGGUACUCUUUUUCCCUGGCUCCUGUUUAUUCUGGAGAUAUCGCGGCCUGAAAAUUUAGCCAAAAAGAAAUGUGGCCAAAAAAUAUCGAUGACGUCAUUUUCUCAAUCCGAGUUUUUCGCUGAAUCCGGUGGUGAUACUCUAGUUUCCAGGCUCGUCUUCGUUCCGGAGAUAGCGCGGCCUGAAAAGUUAGCCAAAAAGGGAUGUGGCCAAAAAAUAUCGAUGACGUCAUUUUGUCAAUUAGAAUAUUUCGCUGAAUCCAGUGGUGGUACUCUAGUUCCCAGGCUCCUCUUCAUUCCGGAGAUAUUGCGGCCUGAAAAAUUAGCGAAAAAGUGGUGUGGCCACAAAAUAUCGAUGACGUCAUUUGCUGAAUCAUAAUUUUACGCUGAAUCCAAUGGUGGUACGCUCGUUCCCAGGCUCCUCUUCGUUCCGGAGAUAUCGGGGCCUAAAUAUUUAGGGAAAAAGGGCUGUGGACCUCUCAGAACUUUGUUAUACCUUUAAGCAUCAGGCCCCAUUACACCAUCAGGCCCCACAAGUCAUAAGUCUGUUCACUUUCUUGCUAGGUUCUUGGAAUGAAUGGCUACGAGCACUUGGUCAAGGCAUCCUCCAAUAUUCUGGCCAAGAAAGUCCUUCAGUUGUUGGGCCAAAAACACAAUGCUGUGGCAACAUCGAUAUCUACAAUCAAAAAAGACAUCAUCCUGAUAGUAAGUGUACUACAUUACCAUAUAAUAUUGUAACAAUCAGUUAAUCCUGACAGAACUUAUAUCCUCUUUCCUCCCACAAACAUGCACUGUAUAAAGUCUAUCUACACGGCACAAUUUUUCCUAUACAAUUCUGACCCUGGUGUAUGUGAUCGAAUAAAUGUGGAAUCCGCACUAGUUGUCAUAUGUCAGAAUAACAAUUGUAUACCAUGAAUCGGAUCAUGUAGUUAGGCCUAUACAAUGUAUGUAAAAUUCUUAUAAUAUUAUUCACUAAAUAUAGCGAAAGUUUAUGAGAGAGGUAUCGGAGGAAGAAGCCAAGCAGCUAAAGGACUUCUGGGGGGAUUUCUACAGCUGGAAGAAUGAUACCCUUCCACGACAUCUUAGUUUUGAAGAUUGGGAAAAGACGCGAAAAGAGGACAUGCAUUACUAUGCAGAAGACUAAGCAUAUACUUCAUGCUUAAGUCUUCUGGACAGAAAUGCCAUGCAGGUUUAUUCAUCCAGAGUAGAACAUAACAAGUCAUAUGCUUUGCAUAUAGAGAUAAAAGAGGUGGACAAAUUGGCACACAUUUUUACUUCAAGUAUUUUUAACCAUUUCGUUUGACUUGGUUAUGUAAUCUCCAAUUUUUUUCUUCUUAUCUAUGACCUCCAUGGUGCAAAGUAUUCUGGUAUUUAGACUACACAAAUUAAUUUGAGCUACAAAAAGAUUGAAAAACAAAGAAUACAAUGCAACACAACUACACACAUUGAUUUACAUGUAACCUUCAAUAUAUGUAAAUCAAUUGUACCCUGUCUAACGCCAGACGAUUUUACUCUGUCUAACGCCAGACGAUUUUACUCGUCAAGGGGAGAGCGCUGGCGCUUAAUUGGUUAACUGGCCUAUCUGCCCAUGUGUCUAGUUAACCCAUUGAGUGGCGUUGCAACCUACUUUAGUAUUUUACUCUGUCUAACGCCAGACGAUUUUACUAGUCAAGGGAGAGCGCUGGCGCUUAAUGGUUAAAAUAUGCCUUUUCAGUUUUUGGGUUUUCCUUUGCAGAACUCAUGUUGCAGAACUCAUCAGUACUAUCCCAAAUAAUCCUUUUUCAUGAAUAGAAGAUCUUGGAUCAACUGGAUGAUCUUUUAUUUUUCUAAAACAGACAGUGGCAAAGAUUCAUCGCCGUUGCUUUUGCAGCAAGUCUGUUGUCAUCGCCAUUGCGACAGGUCUGUUAACGACAAUUUGUAGCAAGUCUGUUGUCAUCACCAUUGCGACAGGUGUGUCGACAUCAAAGUGCAGCAAGUCUGUUGUCAUGCUGAUGCGGGCAAGUAUCGUCAAGCCGCAACAAGCCGAGCGAACGCAUCUGAUAUGGGGCUUGGUGGCAACAAUUCGCGUGCAGCCUGAUGACAGACUUGCUGCAAGAUGUGCUAACUUGGCCGUGUAUGAUUAGGUACAAGUUCUCGUAAACAUCCAGAACAAAUUAUUUUGCGUGUUUAAAUUUGCCACCAACAUUAACAAACAUAAAGACUUUGAAGAUCCGUUAACAGCUUUAGCUUUUACACAGAAUAACCAAUUUUUUAAGAUUGAAUUUUUAUUAUUUUGCAAAGGACGAGGUUUGAACUUAUAACACUGCAUUUAAUUUUGGUAGGCAUUAGCUUUGUAUUUCAAGGUGGUUGAUCAAUCGAAAACACCCGUCUUUGGGUGUUUGUGACCCUCUAUUUGAAAGUUACAUUUUGGUUUGUCUCCCUGAGCAAUGUAUAAAUUUAAAUACAUGCAGUAAAUGACAUUUUUAUGCUCAUUUCUUGUAAUGCCUCGAAAACCUCGUGGAUGAAUCUGUAAGGCUUCCAAAGUCGGAUUUCUCGCUGAGCAAAGUUGUGGCAUACAUAAGCAGUCUACCUAACCCCCGAACUGAAUUACCUAUGUCGCCUGGAACAAAACUGAACAUCGCGCAUACGGUAGAAGGAAAAGUUUCAAUUCAUUUUAGGCAAUGUCAUCCAAUCAUAAAAUCAACAUUUGAUGCAAAAUCGUACUGUGUGAACUCAAUAGUCAACAUACGAAGUUGUAGUAGUGUCAAGCUUAUUUGUUAUUAUUUUGUAUCUUUCUUUAGAGACUUCAACGCAGGCUGAAGCACGUGGAAAAGCAAAUUGGGGUGCCCAGAAAACUGCAAAAGUGUUUGACGCUAUGACGGCAGGCUACUGUAUAUGUCCUCAGAAGAAAGCGAGGUCGACGAAACAACAAAAAGGAUUGUGCGUUACAACGUUCGUAGCCUAACCUGGGAGAGUCCAUCUCUAUACGAAGAGCAAAGAAAAAGUUAGACAGGCUCCGCACCUUGUCUUUGUCAGAACUGGUACGGAGCAGAAUUGUUCAGUCGCGAGGAUGGACAGCCUUCCAUUCGACCUAAUCCAAACGACUGCCCGGAGUGGGCAGCUAAGAACAAGGAUGACAAUGUUGAUGGGAGUGCCCAGUCAUUAAUUCUAGUGGCUCUUCAUUGA